AUGAUCGGCCCUCCAGUCGUGAUACCGAUGUCGAAAAGUGCUCGUGAUGCACUCAUCGCAAAUGUUGUCCUGCUUUUGGCAAGCGCAAUCUUUGUGGUCCUUCGAAUCUAUGGACGAGUGACGGGUCCCGGGCUUGGUAUCGACGAUCUUUUGGCCGUUAUUGCACUGGUUGUGACAAUUUGCGUCAUCGGCAUACAAGUAGCUUUUUCAAUAUCAGGAAAUGGAUACGACUAUCUUCCGUCGACUCCAGAGUUCGCUGAUCUUACGGCGGACUUGGAAUACAUCAUGAAGGGUCUUUUCGUAUGCGAAACCUUAUAUCUGUGGGCUCUUACUUCAUUAAAACUCAGCGUUUUGCUUUUCUAUCGAAGAUGUUUCGGCGUCUCCAAUCACAUGGACCGCGCAGCUCUAGUCAUGAUUGGUGUUGUCUUGGCCUGGGCCAUUACUUUUACAUUUUUAUUCAUCUUUCUCUGCGACCCGAUCCAGCAACAAUGGUCCACCGCACGAAUCGGACACUGCAUGGACCAAAUCACCAUCGUCAUUUGGCUUUGCGCGACGAACAUAACCACAGACUUGGUUAUUAUGGGCAUGCCCAUGUACACCAUUUGGCAUUUAAGAAUGAGGAAAACUGAAAAGCUCGCCAUGGCUUCCUGUUUUGCACUUGGAUUGGCAUGCUGUGUGAUUGGAAUUUUUCGAAUCGUUGAACUUACCCAAGUCGACUUGCUCUCGAACAUUACGGGCACCAUGGGUCACACGAUUCUUCUUCUUGGCCUGGAGCUGGUCUUUGGGAUCAUGUGCACCAACAUCCCGAUGAUGCGGCCAUUUUAUGCCAAGUAUAGGUCUCGAAAAUCAUCGUCGAAAUUAUUAGAAGAGCCAAAGUGCCGUAGUCAAAGCAACAAUACUGGUUCCCAUGCUUCUGGUGCAAGACAACGCAUUGCCAGACGACUUGGAAUCCCCACAGACCAAACAAUUGGUGUCGAGACUGCUCUUGAGUUGGAGAACUAUCAUGUGCUGGGUAUCAAAAACAAAGCCCUUGUCGAGCACAGCGUUGAAGAGAAUGCGAGCAAUGAUGGAGAUUCUGAGAGACGGAUCGCCGACAGCGUCUCCGACGUCUUCAAAUUUCUGGUAAAGGACAAAGGCUCAUGCGAUUUUGCCAUCCGGUCUAGCGGGCACAUCAGGUGGGCAGGGGCGUCCAACAUUGAAGGCGGCAUCGCGCUGGACCACUACGGUCUAAACCGCAUUGACAUCAGCGACAAAAGCACGCUCGCAAGGGUCGGCCCCGGCUCUACUUGGGACUCUAUUUACGAGAAGCUGGAUCCCUUGAGUCGCAGCGUGGCUGGCCGACGCGUCGCCAGCGUGGGCGUGGGAGGACUGACCCUGGGCGGAGGCAUCUCUCACCUGUCUUGCUGUCAUGGUUAG